GGAAAAACUGCACCGUCAUGUUACGCUGAGGAAUUAAAUGCCACCAGACUUGCUGGACAGGACAGUGCAAAUGCGUAUACAAAUAUCUCCCAUGACAUGAGGAAACAAACAGACUCCUGGACGGCUAAUGAUGGAGCUCAACCCUCCUCCACCAUACCCAGGCUCUGCUGAUCCCACAUUUGGAGUUACUUCUCCUCCAUUCACAGUUGCACAGGACAUCAUGUACCCGGCUCCUCCGAAGUACAGCGCUGCAGUGGUUCAGCCUGUGCCCACCAUCAUGCAGCCCGAUUUUGCCAUGGUCCAAUCGACCACAGUCAUCCAGAGCCAGCCUGUAAUGGUGGUAAACCCUGUGGUCAUUCAGUCAGGUCUGAGAGACAUUCCAGCUCAAAUACAGUGCACUUAUUGUCAACAACAAAUCAUCACUGCGAUUGAACCCGUCAACGGCCUCCUCGUCUGGAUUGUUUUCGGAGUCCUGUGCAUCUUCGGAUUUUGGCCAUGUUGUCUGAUCCCAUUCUGCGUGAACUCCUGUAAAGACGUCCAGCACAUAUGCCCUAACUGCAGGAACGUUCUGCACAUUUACCGGCGCAUGUGAGAACCCGAAGAACCUGGAGAACUUCAAGAACGUCAAAUGUCUUUUUCUUGUUUUCUUCUAUCUUCAUUUUCCUCAACAUUGCUUUAUUUUCUCGUAUGUGGCUGUGUGGAUUUUUAUCAAAUCAACCUGUUCUGAGAGACACAAACAAGCAACAGUAUGACUUUUACAGAAUAUGUGUAUAAAAUUAAACUAAAAAAAUCCCA